CUUUGGGAAUCCCACAAGGCAGUGGGGAAGUAAGAGAAGGGGCGCUACCUUUAGCGCUUGCCACCAUCAGAGAUGACACCUGGACCUCCACCUUAAAAGACACCAAGCCUGCUUGCUAGGGUGUGAGUUUUUCUCUUGUUGCCUGUGGAAACUGAGUGUUGGCUGGGUGCCCAGUGUGGUGCUGCAUUCAAACAUCCACAGAACACAGGCGUGUUUGUUAAACCCGGACCCAGCAAGCCAGUGAUCAAAAGUCUUGUAGGAAGAUCCGAAAACCCCAGGAACCUUCCUGGUUGGCGUUAGAACUCUGAUGGGCAGGGACAGAAAUCACUGAGGGGGCUAACCGGGAAACAUCCACCGGCCUGUCUUUCAGUGGCUGUGGAAACAGACGGGACAUUCUCAUAAAUCACAAAGGAAAAUAAAUCACUUCACCCAUGGAGGGGAAGAGACAGUUGGAGAAAAGGGACUCUGGUAAGAGACUCUCUCUGGACAGCAGUCUCAUGGAAUACAUGGACUCUAAUAAAUGCAUUGAGCACCUUCUCACUCAACUCAGGGAACAACACAGAAGCCUCUGGCGGGAGAAGUUGGCUGUGGCCCGGCUGCAGAGGGAAGUUGCCCAAAGAACAAGUGAAGGGGCUAUGCAUGAGAAGCUGAUACAUGAGUUGGAAGAAGAGCGACACUUGCGUCUUCAGAGUGAGAAGCGGUUGCGGGAGGUGACUCUUGAGUCAGAGUGCAACAGGAUCCAGAUGCGCAGUCUGCAGCAGCGAUUCUCCAGGAUGGAAGAAACAGUACGAAGUCUAUUGCAGAGCCAGGGAUGUCCAGAGCAGAAGAAAGAAGAAACAGUUAAGAUAACGGUCUACCAGGAAAGACUGUCUGAGGAGGAGAGAAAACACCAGGAGGCCCUGGGCAGUCCUCACAUGGUGGUGGAUGAAGACUCAAGGAGCAGAAGCAGCUGUAGUGAUGAGGGAAAAGACAAGACCAAGCUGCUCUUAGAAAGACUGAAGGCUCUUGAGGCGGAGAAUUCAGCUUUGGCUUUGGAAAAUGAAAAUCAAAGAGAACAGUAUGAGCGAUGUCUGGACGAGGUAGCCAACCAAGUCGUUCAAGCUCUGCUCACUCAGAAGGAUCUGAGGGAGGAAUGUGUAAAGUUGAAAACAAGAGUGUUUGACUUGGAACAACAGAACCGAACACUCAGCAUCCUGUUCCAACAGCGAGUCAGACCAGUUUCUGAUUUGCUCCUCCAGAAACUUCACUCACGUGUCGUAGAUCUUUCAUCCGGAGAUUUGAUCUCAGAGUCAGGAAGAAGCCGAAGUCUGACACAGUCAUGGACAGAUACUGAACUGCAUGAACACCUCCAGAAUGCAAAAUCAGGAUCCUCUGCCUUGAAACGCUCUGGCUCUGGGGCUGUGGUCUCCAGGCACCUCUGUCCUCACAGCUGCAGCAGCAGUGAGCUGUCUCUGUCCAGCACCUGCAGUGAGUACUCCAGCGGCUCCUCCUACACAUGCCAGGAUGGGAGGCACCUUGAGAAAAGGCAAUCAUCACAGAAUUGGGAUAAAAGGCUAAGUAUCGAUUCUUCACUCCCAAGUGGCUUUGCCAGCCCUGCAGAUGAGCUACCUCCAACCCGUAUCAAAGAAAGCCACAUUUUGGAAGGGCUGAGGAAGCUACAGAAGCGGAAAGUGUUACUUGAACCACCAUCAGUGAUAAACAGAUGGGGUUAUAAAGAUUGCAUGAACUCAAAUGAAGGGAUCUAUUCUCCAGGAAUUAAGAGCAGCAGCCUCAAGGAAUAUGCCCCGUGCCAGCCACCCGGCAUGGGGAGCCCCUGCAAGGAGCUCUGUAAGACAUUGGCUUAUGAUGCUGAUUCCCACGAAGAUGCAGAUGAAGACUCCCCUUCCUCAACAUUACCACAAGCAGCUGUGAGCCAGGGCUGCAGGAUACAAGGCAGUAGAUUAACCCACAGUCUUUCAGAUAGUCUAUUUAGCUGGGAGCUACAUGGAAAGCAUUUUUCAGAAGCUACAGCCUCAGUUUACACCAGAGAAAGGCCUGAAAGGCUGACUCAUUGUGCCAGCCACUGGCCCUUGGAGAGGAAGCUAUGCCCCAGCAUGCACACGCCCAGGGUGCAGAGAGACAGGGAUCUACACAGUCAAGGUCAUGAUCAUGUGGCUCUCAGCUUCCAGCUUUCAGACACUGAUGAUAUUGAAACCCUAGGUGAGUUGCACAUAGAGAGCAGUGAUGAGAGAAGCCCUUCAGACUUGUCAUUGACCAUAGAUACUGACAAGUCCAUGGAGAACCUGGAUGUGGGGUUCAGAAAGUCUGAAUGUAGGCUUCAUGACGAUGAGGAAGAACAGUCUUCCCACUUAGACAUGAGGCCAAAGACGUUCAGUUUCAUCAGACAGCAAAGGGUUGUGAAGAAGACCUCUUCAGAAGAAUGUAUCACAGUCAUAUUUGAUGCGGAAAAUGGCGAGCCCGUUGAAUUCAGUUCUCACCAGACUGGAGUUGUCACUGUGACCAGGGAUGAACUUUCCAUCAACCCAGUCCCUACUGGGUCCACAGAAAAACACACUGAACUUUCAGCUCAGGGAAUUACUCAUUUACAGCCAGGAGCUAACGCAAGGGACUAUCCCUGUCUGAGGAGACAUGAAGAGAAGACUGGAAAAGAUACUCCAAAAGACGAGGAGAACAGUAUUCUCAUAGCUCCUACUGAUUCCUUCAGCCCCAGGACCACAGAAACUCAGAUUACCCCAAGGCCAAAGCUCCCCAAACCAACACAAGGUGUGGCAUGCCAGAGUAAUCCUAGAUCUUUGGCGUCCACGGGCAUCUAUCAAAAACGGGGGCGGACAAAAAUACCUUCCAGAGGCAAGUCUUCACCUCAGAAAUCAAAAAUGGUGGAGCCUGUUCCCUCCAUGCCAGGCUCCCCCAGUGACCUAGUGACUCUUGAAAAUUCACCAGCCUCCCCUUCUGGGAAAUUCUCACCAUACAUGAAGAUAGAGAGCCUGGGGGCCCACUGUGAUGUAGGAGCAGACCCACACAUUCCAAAACACUCCACCCAGCUUCCUCACAUCCCCAAAAUUUCCAGUAAGAAGGAUUGGGUUCAGUGUCCCAAGAAUCAUACUCUAGGUAUCUGGUCAAGAUCUCUCAUUGAGACUGGUGACAGUGGAGACUCUCCCAUGAGGGACAAACACUGUGGCUCUGGGCCAGAGGCAGGGGUGAGGUCUCCUUCCCCUCCACCACCUCCCGGGAGGUCAGUCUCCCUCCUAUUCAGACCUGGGUAUAACCAUCCACCAUCACCAUCAUCUGCCAAACUGGAAACCAGGCACUCCAGUGAUACUGUAAGCUCAGCAUUCAAAUCCCCAGCCCUGAAAUCUGCUGCUGUCAUCUCCUCCAGUCCAGCCAUGUCAGAAAUGCAGAGGAAAAAGCCUUCUACCACCUUCAAAAAGCCUGCCUUCUCUCCCACCCUGCCCUCCACAGAAGCGGUGAUGCACAGCCAAUAUGCUGAACAUGUUCCCUCAAGCUCACUUUCUGUUAUUGCUCCCGGGCCUCCAAAAGUCCCUUCAAAGACGGGCAUCCUGAAACCCGCUCCUCACCAAGCACUUGGAACCACACAUGUGAAUACAGGGUUACAGACACUGAAGACUUGUCCGUCGACCCAUGAACUACUGGAGGUAGCAACUUCUAAAAGCCUAUCUCCAGGGAAAAAAGGACAGUUGAGUGACAGCACUACAAUCCACCAUAGGCUGUCUUUCCCGGGGGCAAAUGAAUCACCACCAUCUCAGGUUAGCAGUCCUUCCUUCUCAUCUUCCUCCUCCUGCAGAAACCAGACCACCUCACAAAGCUAUCAAAACCCUCCUGAGAAAGGACCGAAAACUCGCCUCCCAGUAGGACUCAAAGUUCUCACGAAGUCUCCUCAGUUGCUCAGGAAAAGUUGUACAGUUCCAGGGAAACAGGAAAAAGAUAGUUUAAAUGAAGCUUCUAGAAGCUCUGUGGCUGCCAACAAGUCUAAGACUGGGGAUUCCAGGGAUUCAGCAUGCCUAGAGACCUCAGGAGACAAGAGGAACACAGCCUUGCUAGAUCUACAAGUUGCAGACAGGCUUCCCUUAGAAUCAGCACUUCCAGAGUCAUCAGAAAGUAGCAUCCGUGGAGCUGGUGGAAGGGAUAGGCUCCAGAACAGGUCUGUGAAGAGAUCCUUUUCCUCCAGCAAGCCACAUCUGAAGCCAGCUCUAGGCAUGAAUGGUGCUAAAGCUCGGAGCCAGAGCUUCAGCGUCCACUCAGGAGAGAAGCUCUCCACAACCCCCACAGAAGGACCAGGCAAGAUUCGAACUCAAAUCAUUACCAACACUGCUGAGAGAGGAAAUUCACUCACCAGGCAAAACAUCUCCACAGAAGGGUCCCCCAGCAAGACCCCUUUUGCCCCUACCUCUGAGAGUCUUCCCAGUGCUGGAAGACCCCAGGAACAUUCAUUCUCCAGGCAGGAGUCCCUCAGCAGCACAGGAAGCUCCUGCAGUCAGCAUGGAAGCCCAAACAAGUUACUUCUGAGGAGCCCCACAAGGUCUGAAGGGCUCCUCACACCACCUAGAAUGGAAGACCAUCAGGUCUAUACCCAGGAAGAAUGUCCGAGGACCAACAUACCUGAAGAAGCUAGCAAUGACCACCGAAGGUAUCCACCCCCCCAAACAGUCUGCCCUCAAUCCCUGCAAGUCUCAGGGAGGAUGCAGCAUCUGAGCCACUUGGAAACAAGCAGAAUUUCCAAGCUGGAAACUUCUGGAAUGCAUCCAGAUGCUCCUCCAACCGGGACUGGUGUUAUGAGCUCAGAGGCCCCCCUCACACCCUCUAUCGAAGAAAAGGUCAUGUUGUGCAUUCAAGAGAAUGUGGAAAAGGGCCAAGCACAGACAAAGUCCACCUCUGUGGAAGUCAAGCCCAGGACUGGGCCUUCUUUUGCCAGCUGGUUUGGUUUUCGGAAGAGUCGACUUCCAGCUCUCAGUAGCAGGAAAAUUGAUGCCUCCAAAAGUAAAAUAGAAAAGAAAGAUACAAAACUAAAAUCAGAGAGGAAAAAAGAGAAGAAGAAACCCGAAGGACAGUCCAAGAUAGAAAAUGAGCUCACCAGGGGCACCAAGUCGGCAGAUGGUCUGAGUCCAGACAACGGUUUGCAAAGCAAAAAUAAUCUGAAAACAUCACAAGACAUUUAUAACCAAAUGAAGUUGGAGCCAAGAAAUAGACUCAGCCCUGUUGCAUGCUCAACAAAAGAUACCUUCAUGACAGAACUUUUGAACAGAGUUGAUAAGAAAGCAGCUCCAGAGACAGAAAGUGGAUCAAAGAGUAUUUCCUGCAGGAAUGUGUUAAAGGGUACCUCCCAGGGCUCCUGUUCUGCCAGUGGCUCUGUCAGCACUCAAGGAAGCCAAAAGAAAACUAUCAAAGCCAAAGCCGACAUGGAAAUACCAAGAGAAUCCCUGGUGACAGAGGUCGACGAAGACUUGAGAGAGGAUGAAGAAGAUAUAGUUCCUGACUCUGCACUUCCAAGUCACAUUAUCGAAUCAAACUGCCAGAUGAGAACGCUGGACAGUGGGAUUGGAACUUUUCCCCUUCCUGACUCAGGAACCCGCUCAACAGGACGGUACAUAUGCCAGUCAGAAUCCCCAGAGGACACUGAGCCCCUCCUGCCUCUUCAGCCAGCCCCUUCCACAGCAUCUUCUGCCAGAGCCCAAACCCUUGAACGUGAAGUGCCUUCCUCUGCAGACAACCAGUGCUCCUCAGAGUCCAGCAUCAUUCAUUCCAUAUCCGACCCUGGCAUGAUGACCAGAGGGAUGCAAGCUCCUCAGAGCCUCCUUCCCAAGCCCACUUCCUCAGGAAAAAACAGUUUCCAAAAGCAGAACGGGGCAGAGUCUAGGCCUCAGACACACCCAUCAUUCGAAUAUGCUGAAGACACAGCGGCAAGAGAGCCCCUUCCAAGAUGGAGGGGUGAAGAUGCUGCUACUGAGACCCAGGAAUUGAAACAAGUUGAAGAAACAAAAGAUCCGGAGAAUAGAUUAUCUAAAAUUUCCCUGGAGUCGUUCAAUAAAUUUAACAGCAAUGCUGUGAUUUUAUUAGAAAAAGAGAAUGCUCAGAGCAAGGUUGAAGGACAAAAGGAAGAGAGAGAAAAAAAUGAAGCGCCUUUGAGUAGUUCUGAUAGGCCUGUGCUAGACAAUUUGGAAUCUCUGAGUGAUUCUUUAUAUGAUAGCUUCUCAUCUUGUGUAAGUCAAACUUCAAAUGAUGUGUAAAGGGGGUUCCCCCUCCCCUUGCUGAGACCUAGGAAUUGUGCACUUAAAAAAACAGGAGAGCAGAAGCAGGAGUUGAGGAGGACAUAGGAUCAAUUCCAGAUAGAUCGACAGCAAGCAGCCCACCAGAGUUUAGUUCUCUGACAGGGCAAUAAACAUCAACCCUAUUACUGUGUUUCAAGAGAAUUAAAAGUAAAAAUAAUAAUAAUAAUAAGUACAGAAUUCUCAAUUUUUGCACUUUUAAAAAUAUUUGUACAGAAGUUGUAAAUUUUUUGGAAAAGAAAUUAUAUUUGUAGGGAAAAAAAGAUAGCAAUAAAAAGAAACAGCGCCAUGCUCUUGAACUCAUGUACGAAGUCUUAGAAGUUGAUAAUAUAUUUUUUCAAAACUCCAGCUAAAGAUUUUGUGAAGUUCAUUGUCCCGGUGGUCUUCAAAUCAUUUGUGGGUACACUGUACAAAUCUAAACCCAGGGCCUGAGGAAAAGCCAGAGGGGCUGAGGUAACCUCUGUCUCUCACUAUCUCGUUCGGAUAGAAAUUUUAAUGGUUGUGAUUUUCACAUCGUUGCCAGGGAGACUCAAGUUGUAGUAAUAUUCGUAUUCCUGCUUUUACUGAAGAAUAAGUGCGGCCUGGGAUACAAAGAGUGAUGCCUGAAUGCAGAAACAGCCAGAUCCUGCUUCCACUAGCAGGCUUUGCCUCUGAAACCUUCCAUCCUCCUUUAUAUUUCUCUACAGUUCUGAGUAUUUGUUGAUUUUUAUCUUCCUACUCUUUUUAUUAAAAUGUAUUUGCUAUGUUCACUUUAUAAAAAUAAACUGAAUGGUUGGUGCUAUGGAAAUUUCUUACUUUUUAAUAUCCCUCUUUUCUAUUAAAGACUGUUUAUAUGUGAGGAUAAAUUCUAUUUUAAAGGUUAUGUGUAUUUUUUCUAGAUGUAAACUAUUUAUAAUUCCUUGUGUACAUGAGCCUGUAAACCAGGCAGAGUAGAGCUAUUUUAGGAUCUCUACCCUUACUUUAGCACACACUUGUUCUUUUAAGAGUAUUGUAUGACCAGUGUUAUUUUAUUUGUGCAAUUUGUUGUAUUUCCAUUUUGUUAUCUUAAAUGCAAAUUAUG